CAAAAAUCGAUUCAUCAGGCCAGGGUGCUGCCCGGCACCCAAGUGCUGCCCGCCUCGCCGGCGCGCAGGCGUCGUCGCAGCCGCGAUGGGCUGCUCCUGCAGCAAGCGUGCCGACGACGCGCCGGAUGAGAAACCCCAAGUUCGGCAGCCCCCGGCGCCUCCACCACAGCCCGCGACGCCGCCGCGGCAGGAAGCACAGCUGCCCAAGACGCCGCCGAGCCCGCCGAGCGGCAGCUCCACGGCCUCCGUGCCGAGUCCAGUGGUGCCGCCCUCGCCCCCGAAGGCCUGGCGCGCCUCGAUCGAGGAGGACGUGUCCGAUGGAGAAUCACCGACGAAGGACGUCGAGAUCGAGCUCGAGGACCGCAGCCGUCGCGAGGACGACGACGACGACGACGAUUUCGGAGGAGACAACGCCGUGGCUUUUGCUGACGCGUGGACUUCUUUCAAGUCGCAAAAAGACCCGGGCUUUGGCAAAUUGCGAGAUUAUGCUAGAGCUCAUUAUGCGCAAUUGUUGAGAAUGCUCCUGGCGCCGAAACGGGAACGAUGUACACGGAAGCUCGGUCCUGUACAAUUCGAGUUUCGGGGACGGAGUAUCGUGCGGGACGACUUUGCGGUGGUUUGUGAUCGUGGCCACGACCUCCAGUGUUCUUUGUGGCGCGACGAUUUGGGAUUGGGUUCCAAGUUAUAUAGAUGGAGGUCGAAGAAGACGUGUGUAUUGUACGUCCAUGAUGUGGGUGGGAGUAGACUGGGCGCGUUGUCGUGCCUAGGCGUAGCUCUCGACGCGGGCGCCGCGGGCUACUGCGCGUUAGAUACGACGGCCUGCGGCGAGUCAGGAGGGCGGCGCGUGUCCUUCGGAUCUCUGGAACGAUGGGACGUCGCUUGUCUCGCGCAAGAGCUUGUCAAAAGAAGAGGCUUCACGGAUGUUGUGCUGUGGGGCCGCGGCGCGGGCGCCGUGGCCUGCGUGUUAUAUGCAUCCGUCGCGACACCUCCAUCGAAGGAUACAUCCUAUUUUGGGGACGCCGUCGCGUACAUGGGCCUCGAGGAUGCUGUGGGAGAGAAGGACCCCUACCCGUCUUCCACAGAAAUUACCAUUGAUAUUGAAGACGUGGAUGAGUUUAUGAGGGGCACGGAAGUGGAACAGACGACUUACGUCUGGGUCGCCUCGAAGCCGACCCUACAAAUAUCAAAGUGCAUGCCCGCCAGCGGUUUGUUAGUAGGGGACGUCAUCUGCGGCAUUGGGACGUCGACGCACCUCCCGCACUCUUCCCAAGAAUUGAGGGAUUUGUUGAAGAAGGUCUCCUCGAAGAAGCUGCACGUCUUCCGUAAGACCGACGCAACUCGACAAAGUUUCUUCGGCGACGAUUUACCGAUACCAUCGGGCUUGAUCCUGGACUGUGUGGUGGAUUCGCCCGUAGAUGUGGUAGAGGCUUUGAAGGGUCACGCGGCCGAACGGGAACCGAUCCUCACGGGGCUACUUGAGCCGUUACUUGCCACUGCUUUGGAGGUGUUAUGUCACUCGGUAGAAAAAAGGACAAGGGUGGAUCCGAGAUCGGUGCGAUGCGCGAAGGCCGCCUCAUCGUUAACGAUGCCGGCUCUAUACGCGAUCAACGACUACGCGGACGUGGAUCGGGGCGUGCCGCGGUUGGCAUCUACCUCCCGUUUAGUGUUUGACGCCCACGGCGGUUCCACCAAAUCUUUAUGUCGCUACAACGCGCCGCUGCGGCUGGCGCUGCGCGGGUCGCUCGACGCGAUGUCCUCGGGGUUUUUAGAUAGGGCCCAUGCUUUUCUGAGACAACUGACCGACGGCGUCUAUAGUAACGGGCCGCGCUGGUGCGUGACGACGCGGCCCUGGGACCAGGCCGAGGCCGAGCAGACGAUCGACGACUACGAGGGCGCCGCCGACGACUCCAUCGACGGCGGGGAGUAGCUUAAAC